AUGACACCGUCACCCGCAACCAGUCAGGCUCUCGAGCCUCGUCACCCCAAACCUUCACAAACAGUGUCUGUGAAUAUCUCCGAAGGCCAGAACAAUCGAUCUCGUCGAUUCCAGCUCGAGGUGAGCGAGUGCGUCGAGACCAAGACUGUCACGACCACUACUCGUCUCACCCGCAAGUUUCCCCACGUCUUCGUUCGAGAUCCUGUACCCCUCGAAAACCUCGACACAAAAGAGUAUCCUCUGGCUAUGAAGCCCACGCCUCCAGAACUGAUCCAGUUCUCUUAUAAUAUGCCUGGUGCCCUUGAGACAGAUGAUGAAGGCGAGGAGUCAACAGAUGCGCAGAUGACAUAUAGUAAUGGCCGUGCUACUCCCGGUCGCGUUAAUUCCGAAUCCCCUCAUGAAUCCAAUACCCUCGUCCGAGUACCCAAGCACCGAUCACAAUCCCCUUCAGAAGGUUACCCCCGACGCUCCCGAGCUUCAAGAACCAGUCCUACAGACUCUCCCGAAUCAUCAGCAGCCACAUCCACCAACCCUCGACGAGCCCCUCGAUCAAAUGGACUUAAUGCCGUUUCAGACAAGCUCCGCCGCUCCAUUGCUCAUGGCUCAAAUCGACGAGAAGGGGAGAGGUCUUCUCGAGCGGCUACUGGCUUCCUUGCUACCCCUGAUACUUCAGAAGCUGUUAUUUCAUCUGAUCGACCGGCUCGCCGACGUUCGUCACACCCUGAGCGACAACACUCCCCCGAAGCAUCCUCAUCUACCGUCAGUCCUCAUUACGAAGCCACAAGCCCUGUUGAGAGUGAUUCCCACACCGUCUUCAGCAGUAAUGUGGCUACUCCACCAAUCACCGACACCGACGCAGAACCAUUUACAGAUAUCGACGGGUCCCUACAACAGUCCGCUCGUCCAUUUAAUCCCAGGCCCAGUAUAGAUGUUGUUGCCGCCCAGGAUGCUAGUCUUCCUAGUCCUAGACUGUCGCCUACUUUAGCAGCUGCUCAGUUACACACCACCGACGCCGAAGAUGAAGGCCAGUCUAGCUUUCAGACCUCAAACUCGGACUCUCGUUGGGUUGAUGAAUCACAGCUUACAGAAGAUGAUCCCUCGACUGCACUUGUACCUGCUGGCCGCUCUGAUGACGACUUCGCUCUCACUCGUCCCGACGGAUCUCCCCAUGUCGUCGACACGCAAACACUCCUGGAGGCAUUCGACUCGAUGAAGACCGAAAUGAAGACAUUCAUGAUGUAUCAGUUCCUUCGCCGAUGCCCUCGACCUACCCUCCGAGUUGUCGCCAACGCUGUCAAUCCUGCUCUGAAGUGCGACUUCCUUCGUCAGCUCCCUCUCGAACUUGGAUACUCUGUCCUGUCACAUCUCGACCACAAGGAUCUCUGCUGUGCCGCACAGGUCUCUAAGCACUGGCGCAAUCUUGUCGACCGCAACGAGACCGGUUGGAAGGCGUUGUUCGAUCGCGAUGGCUACACGCUCCCUCCUGGUGAACUUCAAAAGGCAAUUCUCCAGGGUUGGGGAUGGCAAGAUCCUGUUGGAGCUACUGGGUACGAGAAGGAUCUCAGCAUGCGAAACCGUUUGACCUCAACUGAGCACGAGCUCACCCGAACCCUUCGACAAGAGACAGCUUCGAAAUCCCGAGCUUCCAAGCGAAAGCGAGCGCUCAACACAUACUCGGCUGCCGAGCGAUCGAAGCGACGUGCCAGUGCCCAGGAGGCCGUGUCUCGCGAGGAAAGCAAGUCGCAGCCCGAAAUCAGACAACAUCCAUCUGAAGGACCACUGUCUGCUGCUAACGCCGCUGCCACUGCGGUACCUGAUCCCCAGCUUGGAUUGCCUAGUCUUCGCGAGCUUCAUCUUUACAAAUCACUUUACCGCCGCCAUCACAUGAUUCGCAAGAGUUGGACCAGUGGUGAGGUAAAGCCCGGUCAUGUUGCCUUUGCCGCUCAUCCUCGACACGUGAUUACCUGUCUGCAGUUUGACGAGGACAAGAUCAUUACUGGCAGCGAUGAUACCCUCAUUCACAUCUACGACACAAAGACGGGCAAGCUCCGCAAGAAGCUCGAGGGUCACGAGGGUGGUGUUUGGGCUCUGCAGUACGAGGGCAACAUGCUUGUUUCCGGCUCCACCGACAGGUCCGUUCGCGUCUGGGACAUUGAGCGUGGACUCUGUCAGCAGGUCUUCUAUGGACACACUAGUACUGUCCGUUGUCUACAAAUCCUGAUGCCUACCGAGACUGGCAGAGACUCCAGCGGACAGGCCAUUAUGCAGCCUGAGAAGCCUCUCAUCAUCACUGGAUCUCGGGAUAGCCAGCUUCGAGUUUGGCGACUUCCCGAGGUUGGCUCUCGCCGAUACAUCCAGACCGGACCUCCGGCCCAUGAGUCUGACUGCCCUUACUUCAUUAGAGUUUUGGCUGGGCACACUCACUCAGUCCGCGCUAUCUCAGCCCACGGCGACACUCUGGUCAGUGGAUCCUACGAUAGCACCGUCCGUGUUUGGCGCAUUAGUACUGGUGAAGCACUUCAUGUCCUCCACGGUCACUUACAGAAGGUAUACUCUGUCGUUCUGGACCACAAGCGCAACCGUUGCAUUUCAGGCUCAAUGGACUCUUUAGUCAAGAUUUGGGACCUUACAACUGGCGCAUGUCUGUACACUCUCGAAGGACAUAGCCUACUUGUCGGUCUGCUGGACCUCCGCGACGAGAUACUAGUGUCUGCCGCUGCCGAUUCGACUCUACGAAUUUGGGAUCCCGAAAAUGGCAAAUGCCGCAAUGUCCUCAUGGCUCAUACUGGAGCUAUUACGUGUUUUCAGCAUGACGGCCGCAAGGUCAUUAGUGGUAGUGAGAAGACAGUGAAAAUGUGGGACGUCAAGACCGGCGAAUGCGUUCAAGACCUCUUGAGCGACCUCAGUGGUGUUUGGCAAGUCAAGUUUGAUGAACGACGAUGUGUGGCUGCAGUUCAACGAGACCAGCUCACCUAUGUCGAGAUUCUUGACUUUGGAGCUGUCCGAGAUGGCAAGCCCCCAGAGGAACUGGGCAAGCGCAUUCUCCUCAACGAACCCGAAGUCCGGGCCAUGAUUGAGGAAGAACCGUAA